UGUUACCAGGCAGACAGGCAGCCUUUCCAACAUGGCAGCGUCAAGCAGCGCAGAGCAAACGCAGUUGCAAGAUAUGGAAGAGGAAGAUGCAGGGAUGGAGGAGAGGGAGAUGGAAUCGGACGAGGAAGAAGAGGAGGGCAUGGGGGUAGAAAAUUCCGACGACGAGGAGGACGAUUCGUCGGAAGAUGAGAAAGAAAACGAGGCCGAAAUCCAGCGGCUGGAGGAGCAGCUGUCGAUCAAUGCUUUGACUACAACUGCCAUGUGGAUCUCAUCAAACUACUAAAGCAAGAAGGCGAGCUUUUCCGUCUGCGAAAGCAAGACAGAAAAUGAGGUGAACUUUUCCCGCUCACUGAGGAGAUCUGGCUUGACUGGCUAAAGGAUGAGAUCCAUCUGACAGAAGAGGAACCGAACCGGGAGAAAGUCUAUGAACUUUUUGAGAGGGCUGUGAAAGACUACAUCUGCCCAGAUAUCUGGCUUGAAUAUGCCCAGUAUUCAAUUGGUGGUAUGGGCUCGCCAGGAGGGAUUGACAAGGUGAGAGCGAUCUUUGAGAGGGCGGUGAUGAAUGUAGGACUUCACAUGACCAAGGGCCAGACGUUGUGGGAGGCAUACAGGGAGUUUGAGAACGCCAUUCUGUCUACAGUACAGCCUCCCCCUGGCAGGAUUCCCAGCCAUGAGGAGCAGGAGCUGUUAAACACUCAGCUUGAGCGCAUCCAUACACUGUUCCGCCGCCAGCUGGCUGUGCCUUUAAUGGACAUGGAAGCAACAUUUGCAGAGUAUGAGGAGUGGUCCGAAAAUGGUGUGUCAGAGACAGUGAUGCAUCAGUACAAAAACGCUUUGCAGCAGAUGGAAAAGCGCAAAGCUUUUGAAGAGCCACUGCUGGUGGCUGAACCUCCUAAACUGGCAGAGUAUCAAGCCUACAUUGACUAUGAGCUAAAGGAGGGUGACCCAGCACGAAUUCAGAUCAUCUUUGAGCGGGCUUUGGCAGAAAACUGCUUGGUGCCUGACAUGUGGGCAAAAUACACCACAUACUUGGACCGUCAGCUGAAAAUCAAAGACUUGGUUCUUUCUACUCAUGACCGUGCAGUCAGGAAUUGUCCCUGGACAAUGGGUCUGUGGAAAAGUUACCUUUUAGCUCUGGAGAGACAUGGCUCUGAUCAUCAAACUGUCUCAGAUAUUUUUGAAAAAGCAUUGAAUGCAGGUUUCAUUCAAGCUACAGAUUAUGUGGAAAUUUGGCAGGCUUACCUUGACUACUUGAGGAGACGUGUGGAUUUCAGUAAAGAAUCCAGUAAAGAGUUGGAGGAGUUACGGGGAGCCUUCUCUCGAUCUCUGGACUAUAUGAAACAAGAUGUUGAAGAAAGGUUUGGUGAAAGUGGAGAUCCCUCCUGUAUCAUAAUGCAGAUCUGGGCAAGGAUAGAGGCCCUGCACUGCAAAAACAUGCAAAAGGCCAGAGAACUGUGGGACAGCAUCAUGACAAAAGGAAAUGCCAAAUAUGCCAACAUGUGGCUGGAGUACUACAACCUUGAAAGGUCAUAUGGAGAUGCUCUCCAUUGCCGAAAGGCUCUCCACAGAGCGGUUCAGUGUACCUCAGACUACCCAGAACAUGUGUGUGAAGUCCUGCUCACCUUUGAGAGGGUAGAAGGUUCUCUGGAGGACUGGGAUGCAGCAGUGCAGAAGACUGAGACUCGGCUGAACAGGGUUAAUGAGCAGCGGGCGAAGGUGGCAGAAAAAGAGGCCAGCCAGGUUCGUCAGGAGGAGGAGAGAGCAGAACAGCGGCGGAGGGCCAAAGCAGACAAGAAGGCUCAGAAGAAAACCCAGAAGGGAAUUCUAACUGGAGAGAAGAGGAGAGCAGAACAGGACGAUUAUCAUGAUGAAUGGAAUGAGGACUCGGAACAAGCUCCCAAAAGGCACAGGGGAAAUGGUGACCCGACCAUUGAAGAGUACAUGGAAACUGAGACAGGACUCUUCGGUAAAAGUGCUCCUCCUGGCUACAAACCAGCUCCACCUGGUGCUAAAGCAGCUCAGCAGGGAGCAACAGCUGCUGCCCAUAGGCAGAAAGAUGACAAACCAGAGCUUCGCAAUGACAACAGCAGUGUGUUCAUCAGCAACCUGUCGUACACCCUGGAGGAGCCAGAGGCAAAGCUCAGGACGCUGUUUGAGACCUGUGGUCCCAUCAAACAGAUUCGCCCUGUCUUCAGCAACAAGGGGAGCUUUAAAGGCUAUGGCUACGUACAGUUUGAAUCCACAGUGUCCGUCUCUGAAGCUCUGAAGCUCGACAGGCGGGAGGUGGCGGGCAGGCCUAUGUUUGUGUCACCUUGUGUAGACAAAAACAAAAACCCUGACUUUAAGGUGUUCAAAUACAACACAUCCAUGGAGAAACACAAAAUUUUCAUCUCUGGGCUGCCGUUCUCUUGCACUAAGGAGCAGUUGGAGGAAAUCUGCAAAAAUCAUGGCACUAUCAGAGAAGUUCGUCUCGUCACAUAUCGCUCAGGAAAACCCAAGGGUCUGGCAUAUGUCGAGUUUGCAGAUGAAACCCAGGCCUCUCAGGCGGUACUGAAGAUGGAUGGCAUGGACGUAGAAGGCAACAAAAUCUCUGUUGCCAUUAGUAACCCUCCUCGCAGAAACAUGAUGGAGAACCCUGGUUCGAGUCGGCCUAUGAUGGACAUGAUGCCUCGUCAGGUUCAUGGAGCGAGAGGUAGAGGACGCACUCAGCUGGCAUUACUCCCCCGCUCUCUGAAUCGACAAAGUGGGACAGCAAACAAAGUGGAGAAUGGGACUGCAGCUCAGCCCACACCAGCAACAGCAGGUUCAGCAGCGAACGCAGCAGGAGACACAAAACCUCUAUCAAAUUCAGACUUUGCCAGGAUGCUUCUCAAUAAGUGAGAAGAUGAGUGAAAAUUUUUUGACCGUCUUCAUACUGAAAGCCAUCAUGUGUCCUUAGAAAUUAGUGUGUUUCUGUAAUUGAUCACCUGACUUCCCUUUAAUCUCAGUCUUGGUCAUCCUCGUCAUCAUCAUCCACUCUGCAAGAUUGCCUUAAUCGCCAAGCACCUGCCCUCCAUCAAAAACCCUUCUCAAGCAACAUCAUAGUGACUUUACCCCCAUGUGAUAUGAUUGUCACUGUUGAGUUUGUGUGACAGUUGUUCACACAGCAGGCUAAUUUUUAGGGGAAAAAAAAGUGUAUCAUAUUUGUGUGUAAAUAUACUGUAACUAAAAUUGUGUCUUUUGUUGUGUAACGUGAAAGGGAUGUGACAGAAGCAUUUUGGGAGAGUAUUUUUUUAAAUAUUGAAAACAGCCAAACUUGUGAAUGUUGUUUAAAAUGGUAUAUGCAAAUGUUUGACAGUACAGAUGUGGUGUAUUAUAGUUGGUGUGUGUGAGUGUGCGUGAGUGUGUACAUAAAUUGGUUGUGCUACAGUGAUGAAAAAGACAUCCAGAUGUUUUAGGGAAACCUAAGCUUUCAGUUGUGUAACUUAUUUUGACCUCUGCGGACUUAGCUAAUAGCACUAGAAAGGACUUGACCUGACAGUAAACUGCAACUAAUCCAUAUUUUUACAUAGUUCCAUCUCUGAGUUCUGAUCAGUAUUAUGCUACUGAGCUGCCAACAAAUUAAUAUUAGUUAGCUUUAUGUAUAAAAACUGCCCAUCGUGUUAUGCUGUUCAUGCUUAAGGUGAAGUUACAGACUUUCUACUGCUUUAAGUAAACUGUUUGAGCAUUUAAUAAUUUUAUGUUAUGCUCAUUGUUCAUGUGGCAUGUCUUUCAAAUCUAUUUUUUUGUAUUAAAUAUCAGAUAAAUGGAUGAACAGAUUUUCCUUA